CCUAAUAAUAUUUCCACGGCCCGCUAGUGCUCACCGCCGCUUCUCUCUCGUCUUUUCCCGGCUUCUUGGUCUCUCGCCCUUUCUCGUUCGCUCUCCGUCUCUCUCUCUCUCUCUCUCUCUGUCUCAUUUUCUGUCUGCCUUUCUCUCUUUCUCUCUCUCUCUCUCUAUCUAUCUCUCGCUUUCGUUCUAUCCCGCUCUGUCGCUACUGUCUUUGUCUCGCUCACGACCGUUCUAUAACCCCCGUGUGUGGAGGUUCGCACGGGGGUCUCUUCACAGAGAGAGAGCCAAGAAAGCAGAAGAAUCACGCUGCAGAGCAGCACGUGUGCUGCGCUCGUACGGAUCGUACGAGCCACCCCCGUACAUAUUACACAUUUCUGCGUGCACAUUCGGAGAUCCAGGUUCCAGGAUCUUGAUCGCGAACGAUCAGUUGCUCGCGAUAUAUCGAAAAGGAGAGAAAGAGCGCACGGUCUCGAUAAUCGAUACACGUCUCGAUUCGAUACUGCUCGUCUUGGAUCGAAUCGAUUCGAUCUGUGGAGAAAAGUGCAUAUGGCGAACGCGAUCUAUUUCGAAUCGUCGAAGUACGAUCGAUAAAUACACGUAAUAUUCGGGAAUAUCGAAGCUGAAUAUCGAUCUCCCCGGUUAGAGAGAUCGAUCGAUCGAUCUUCGUACUCUCUCGGUCUGUUCCGACUUGAUCCGGUGUUGUUCGUCGAGUUGGAAGAGUUGCGUGCGGGAUUUCGUAACAGUGUUUGGGACACGUGAGAGUGGACUGUAGCGGUCUGAACAUCGCGCCGUCACGUGCUUUCGUGAAAAUUGUACCAAAGUGCACCAUCGUGUGACGAUACCUAUACGUUGCCUAUACCGGAUUCAUCGUGCUACUCUCUGAGAACGGUGAUUGGGAGGACAGCGUCGGCCGACGGCAGCUUUUGUGACCGGAAGUGCCUAAAGGCCCGAAGAUUCUGCCUUCGCAGCAGCUGGGCGCUGCGGUCGCUCCAUGGCCGGGCGCCACCGGCCUCCUAGCCUCUGUCACCGCUGACGACAUGGCACACAAAGGUCACAGUGGCGUGAAUCAGCUCGGGGGUGUGUUCGUCGGCGGUAGACCGCUUCCAGACUCGACCAGGCAAAAGAUCGUCGAGUUGGCUCAUUCCGGCGCGAGGCCCUGCGACAUCUCCAGGAUACUGCAGGUCAGCAAUGGCUGCGUCUCCAAGAUCCUUGGAAGCAGGUACUACGAGACCGGGUCGAUCAGGCCCAGAGCCAUCGGCGGAUCCAAGCCCCGCGUCGCCACCGCCGAGGUCGUGAGCAAGAUUUCCCUCUACAAGAGCGAGUGCCCCUCCAUCUUCGCGUGGGAGAUCAGAGACCGCUUGCUCCAAGAAGGCGUGUGCACGAACGACAACAUUCCCAGUGUGUCGUCCAUCAAUAGGGUGUUGAGAAAUUUGGCGGCGCAGAAGGAGCAGCGACAGCAACAGCAGCAGCAGCAGCAAGGUGUGGCCGCUGUUGGCGUCGGGGUAGGCGCUGGCAGCCCGGCGGAGAGCGUUUACGAUAAAUUGAGACUGCUCAAUGGGCAAACCACUGGAUGGCCAAGACCCAAUCCGUGGUAUCCAUCUGGAGCUGGCAGCCCAUUUCCAUCCCUGCAACCCAGUUUGAGCCCGAGUCAUUGUACGGCCUUGCCACCGGAUCCUGCGGACAUUCUGCACGCAAAGAAGGUAGCGGAACUGGAGGGCGGCGCACACUCGGACGAGACGAACAGCGGCGGUGACAACAGCAACGCGGGGAGCGUGUCCGGGGGUACGGACGAUGAUCAGGCGCGUCUUCGCUUGAAAAGGAAGCUUCAAAGGAAUCGCACGAGUUUCAGUAACGAGCAAAUCGACGCGCUCGAGAAGGAAUUCGAGAGGACGCAUUACCCGGACGUUUUCGCCAGGGAGAGAUUGGCCGGGAAGAUUGGUCUCCCCGAAGCCCGAAUACAGGUAUGGUUUUCGAAUCGGCGGGCGAAGUGGCGGCGCGAAGAGAAAUUGCGCACGCAACGGAGGGACAACCCGCAACACCAGCAGUCGCAGCAGCAGCAGCAGCAACAACAGCAGCAGCAGCAGCAGCAGCAACAACAGUCCCAACAGCAGCAGCAGCACGGAGGGGUGAGCCUGGUCACCGCCGGUCAUCCGACACCGCCACCGGCCUCGGGUAUUUUGGCUGGUCAACCGCCGCCGCAAGCGCCGCCCUCUCCACCUAGGAUACAUCAUGGUUUCGCGCCCACCGCCGUUUAUCCCGGAAUACCCAGCAUGCCUGAUUCGUACAGUCCCAUGACGUCGAUGCCGAGUUUCACGAUGUCGGGCGGCGGCCAGCAGAACCAGCACACGACGAGCAGCAUGUCAUCGUUGUCGACGGGCGGUGGGAUGGGCCCGAUGGGUAUGACCGUGGGCAUGACGGUGGGCCCUAGCCCGGGCGCGUGUCUCCAGCAACGCGACAACGGUUAUUCGUGCGGCGUCGCCCGUCCGCCGAGUUACGAGCCGCUUCACCUCGGAUACGGGGCACGGCCCACGUGCAGCCCCACUCAGCCAUACCACACCGCGGGCCUGAACCAGUAUAAUCAGAACACCAGCUCGACCGGUUUGAUAUCGCCAGGUGUCAGCGUACCAAUCGCAGUGCCAGGCCAACCAGCACCAGACAUGGCGGCCCAAUACUGGUCACCGAGGCUGCAGUGACCGUGGUGGUCAUCGGUGUCGACAUCCUCUCCGUAGGCUCGAGCUUCUUUGACUUACGUUAGUCUUAACAAACGGGAUUAGAUACGAGGGAAGAACGCAAGGAGAAGACGUUCGAAAUCGAUGAAAAGAGCAGCUGUUGCAAUUCGUUCGAUGGAAUCGAUUCGAUACUUUUGUCCUCGACGAUUAUCGAUUGCCUUCGAUUAUCGAUCCGAAGGCGGUCUCGUAAAAAUCGUUCGAGAAAAAAGAAAAAUGGAGAAUAACGAGGAUGUUAGUGGAACUUGUAAAAUAAACGUCACGAAUGACGCAAAAUUUAUCGUAUGGCAAAAAAAAAAAAAAAAAA